AUCUGGUCUGGUCGGGUCUGGUCGGGUCGCAGUCAUGGCUCUCCUGCACGGAUCUUCUGCAGCGCUCUUUCUUCAUGUUUGCCUCCUCAGCUGCGGCGCGUGGGCCAAGGUGGAGCUGACUAUGCAUGAGAGUGUCGAGGUCUACCUGGGUGACUCGGCUCAGAUCCCCUGCCAGUACAGCUUCACUGAUGCCAGCAGCGAGCCCAGCUUCGUCAUGAUCCAGUGGUUUGUGAGAGCCGUCGACAGCGGCUCACGGAUGCGGAUCUUCUACACGGAUGGCAGUCAGCAGAUGGUGGACAACAACACAGACUACAGCGGUCGCAUCGAGGUGACUUCAGGCCUGCAGGGAACUCACCUCGUCAUCCAGGACGUCCAACUGUCCGAUGAGAGGGAGUUCUUCUGCCAGGUCAACGGGCUGGCUGCCGGGAACGCCGAGGGCAAGACCCAGCUCAGAGUGUUUGCUCCUCCAGAGGCUCCAGUGAUCGAGGGUGUCCUCGCUGGAAUAUCUGUGACCAGCGACGGGCCGUCAAAGGUCGCAUCAUGUGAGGCUCGGAACGGCUUUCCGAAACCCAACAUCACCUGGUACAAGAACAGCGCGCCGCUGAUGUCUGCACCGGGACAUGUGAACGUGUUGAUCCUGGUGACCCGGGAGUCCAGUGGCUUCUACUCCGUCCAGAGCACACUGGAGUACAAGGUGGCUAAGGAGGACAAGGAUGCUCAUUUCUCCUGCGAGGUCAGCUUUUUCGUCCCGGCGGCCAUCAGGACGGUCGAGUCCAACAGCGUCAACAUCACUGUUCACUACCCCACCACCAUGGUGGAGCUGUGGAAGGAGUCGCCCCAGGGCUUGGUCAAAGAGGGGGAUGCUGUGGAACUGCGUUGCCAGGGUGAUGGCAACCCCCCGCCGCCCUUCAUUUUCAACAGAGAACAAGAGCUGGAUGUGGACCUGGAGAGCAGCGGCGAUAUGCUGAUGCUGACGCCGGUGUCACGGAAGGACAGCGGCAUCUACCAGUGUCGCCCUCUGGACUCUGAUGGCUACACGGAGGUCAAAGGAGAAAUGCAGCUCACUGUGCACUACCUGGAUCCGGCUGUGGUGGUGCCCAAAGACUCAGAGGUCAUGCUCAAAGGAGAAGAUCUGACUGCGACCUGCAACGCUCUGUCCUCCCUGAAAACGACCACUGUCUGGUACAAGGAUGGGCAGCAGGUGGGUAAGGGGAACACGCUGCACCUGAAGGACGCCACCUAUGACACAACAGGAGAGUACAUAUGUGAGGUGACCGUUCCCUCCCUGCCCGCCCUGCACACCAGCGGCUCCGUUCACAUCAUCGUCCAAGGUGGUCCCCAGCUGGAGGGGGUGGAGCAGGAGGUGCAGCUGGAGGAGGCAGCGGGCAGGAUGGUGAACCUGAGCUGCGAGGCUCAGGGUCAUCCCGUGCCCAGCAUCACCUGGAGCAUCAUCGGCAGCCAGAACUGGCACGAGGUGGUGAACAAGGCCAACGAGCACAUGACCCACAGCGUGGUGUCCGUCAAGGUCACCUCGGACAUCAGCGCCCUGUGCAACGCCUCCAACGACAUGGGCACUGAGGUCAAGGCCUUCAGCAUCAAAGCCAUUCCCAGCAUCACGUCAGCCGCUCCCUUCUCCCCCGCUGAGGGCAGCGGCGUGAUCAUCGUGGUGAUCAUACUGUGUCUGCUGGUGCUGGCCGUCCUCGGCAGUGUUCUCUACUUCCUGCAUAAGAAGGGGAAGAUCCCGUGUGGACGCUCGGGGAAGCAGGAGAUCAGCACCAAAGAGAAGACCACCAAAGAUGACAUCGUCGUGGAGAUGAAGACCAACACAAGCAAUGAGGGCGCCGUCCUCCUGAAGGCCGUCAACGGAGACAAAAAGGGCCCAAAUGAGCAGUAAAGUUCGCGGUGUUCAGACGUGGCGUGCAGCAGGAGGCGGGACACGUGAAGCCAGCAGUCAGUGUGUGUGUGCUGGAGGCCGUCGACGCUCCCACUGAUCUGAGGCCUGCGGAGUAACACCACCUCACAGUUCGGACAUUCCCCAUCAUGCUUUGUUCUCGGCAGUAUUCACUAUAUUUACACAGCUACACGCACACACACACGCACACACAAACACACACACACACACACACACAGUUAUGUAUGUACAGAUGUGUAUGUUCUUUUGAAUGAAUGUUCGCUUCUUCGGUUCCUUCGCUGGUUUUGUACUUUUUCCUGAAACCGUGUUCAGCUGUUGGCUGUUGUUCAGUGUGUUUUUUUAUGAAAGUGUAUAUAUUAUAUAUAUUUUGUUAUUAAAGAUAUUUUGGCACGCAGAUGUUCAUUUCACGGUAGCGUCUGGGUCAUGUGCAUGUUGAUCCGUGUUCAUGGGUCCAGGUGAGUUUCAGGACAGGAUAUGAUGUCAGAGACCAAACAGCUCGUUACUGUGGGGUCACGGUCACACUGAGAGAAGGAUUAUCAGUUUGAUUCAUGGCUAUAUUGGCAGGAGGCGAUAGUGAAAUUUACCAAAAAUGAUAAAUACUGACGGAUGAACCUCUGAUCAGCUGUUCCAUCAUUGGAGACACUAAACCAGUGUCAGUCACACACACUGGCAGCCUUCUUCUGCAAACUGCUGUCCAGCUCUUGUACCUUUUGUAAAUACGAGUCGUGUACAGACCUGCUAGUGGAGGCCUUGGACUGUUACUGACGGAGAAAAGGUCGGAGUUUAGCGAUCUGCUGUGCCUGUUUUGAGAAUGCAUCAUACACUGAAUUUGUUUAGUUUCUUCGGUUUGCUCUGUGUGUUUUCUUUGUUUCCACUGAGAGCUAGUUGGGCCUGAAGCGAUGCUCCAGUGUUCGUGCAUGUUUAGCAUGUUUGCUACAGAUCACACAUACAGGACCGCUGAGUAAAGCCAGCUGAAGGUUUUCAGGCUGAUUUUUCACCUUGCAGUCUUUGCUUCUGUACCGUUUGCAGAUCAACCAGCAGAAAAACCCAGAAAGUUGUUUACCAGCACUUGCUCGAAGGUGUUCCCAGAAUCCUGAUGCAGCUGUAAUCAAAUGUUUUCUAAAACAGAGUUUCUUCUCCUCAUUUUCAAAAGAAAAAUGGGUCCAUGUAAGUACUGCUUUUAAAAAUUGCGUGAAAUUGCAAAAACACAACUGAAGCACUGUGGAGAGCAUGCUAAUCCAACAGGGGGCGAUAUAACCCUAACCAUAAACACAUUGGCCAAUGAGGAGCUUAUCCAAUAAUCUGUGCUGUGGCAGCGUUGGGUUAUGUAUCAGCGACCUCCGUAGACCAUUCUGACACCUUGGAAGAGUAACUGCCCAUUUAUGUAUAAACAUGUCAAAACCUGUUAGCAAGGUUAGCAUCAGCGCAUGUAAACAAAGAAGAUAACGCUGCACACACAAGUCACAGAGUCAGUUUUCCCUCCAUUUAUGCAUCAACACUGCAAACGGAGAGUGAACAUCUGAUCCAAAAGCUCCGUUUUCAGUGACCUUAAAUUGUUUUUUGUGUGGACAAAAGACCAAAAUACGUAGAAAAAGUUAAGUUUUUAAAGAAUACCCAGCUGUGUGUGGACGAGGCAUCAGACUGGGACAAAAACUAAAUACAGUUAAUUAUUUACAAGCUUUAAAAAUCUUUAAAAGGGCCAUUGAAGAUUCUUGAGAAACCUUCAGAAUGAUAGCAAGUGUUUUAAAUGAGCUUCUGGGUUUUAUUUUUCAGGAAAAUGAAUAUUUGGAUGUAAUGAACACAAUGAGCUGGUCCGUUUGUCAGAUUUGUAGUGAAUCAGUUAAAACAUGCUGCAGCACCUGGUUGCUCCUCUGAGGGCCUCGUUGUGAAUAUGAUGUGCUGAUUGCUCACUGUGUAGGUUAUUGUGACUUUGCCCAGAUGACUUGCAACAUUAACGAAGUAGUGAUAUGUUCUCUGAUUUCUUUUUUCCACUGAGUCGAGGUGUUAAAGUUCAGGUGCAGGACAUCCUCAGGCAACAAGAGUCCUCAUGUGCGAUGUGAUGCUGUGGUUCAGAAAAAGUGCACAAAGCCAUAACACCAAGCGUCUGCGGGGAGCAGUCAAACGUUUCGGACUUUAACCAUAAAUCUGCUCCUCGUCGUUUCAGUCGAGUACGAAUUUAAAAAAGAUUUUCUGUUUAUUGCUCUGGAUUUUUCACCAGUGGGAAAACAAGCUUGAAACUGAACUUAAUUAUGUUCUUCUUUUCUAAAUGUGUGUAAAUUAAGUACUGUACAUGUGAUUCUUUGAUGCUUGCGUUUUUUUUAUAUUUUUUGCAAGAAAAUAAUGCCAAAUAAAAAGUUUCAUUUAAAGAGA